AGACUAACUACAAGGAUCAGCCCAUGUCAAAAACAUUAGUCAAAGAAAACCCUUGCAAAGCUACCUGAAGGCUUGAUGAAUGACACUCCAGUCUAAAAAUAGACACAGCAAGUUAAGAACAGAGAGACUCGACAAAAAAAUAACGAUCAAUGUCAGCGGUCGGCGUUUUUGUACGUGGGAUAGCACGUUGAAAAAGCAUCCAAAUACUCUGUUAGGAAGCGAUGCGAUCAAAGGGUACUUCGACAAUGACAAAAAUGAGUACUUCCUGGACAGAGACCCUCACAUGUUUCGUUACAUUCUCAACUACUAUCGCGAUGGAAAACUACAUUAUUCCUACGACGACUGCUUCGGAGCUUUCAACGAAGAACUGAGUUUUUACGGAAUCGAAGCUGAUAAUCUAAACGAAUGUUGCUGGGAGGAAUGUUACAAUCUCUCCAAGAAAAUUUGUUCUAAAGAUCAAGAAGUUUCGAAGUGUUCCUGCAGUGAGCCAGUUCCACGAAAAUCUUUCCUUCGAAAAUUUUUCUGGAACCUUCUCGAAAACACAGAAAAUCCGCCACGAGUAGGAAGAUACAUUCAAAGCUUUCUCGGUAUUCUCAUAUAUAUUAGUGUUGUAGGUACAAUCGUCGAGACUGAGAGGUGCUGUAAAGAUAAAACUUGCGAAGAAACAUACCCUCGCUUAUUUUUUGCUGUGGAUGCGUUCUGCAUGAUUCUCUUCACCGCUGAAUACAUCUUUAGACUCUACGCCUCUGAAAACCGUCUUAAAUUCAUCAUUAACAAGAUGAACAUCGUGGAUUUACUGGCAGUUACGCCUUUUUACGUCAUUCUAAUAUUCAAUCAUUUCUCUCAGGACUCUUCGUCCGCGGUGGAGAACGCGAGCAGUCUAAAUGUCCUGCGCAUGCUCCGAGUCUUUCGCAUUUUCAAGCUCUCACGUCAUUCGAAACACAUGAGGCAGAUGGGAAGGGCGUUAAAACGCGCUAUCGUCGACCUAGGGUUCCUGUUCUUUGCAUUUCUGUUGACGAACAUGGUAUUUUCAAGCGUGCUAUACUACAUCGAACAAAUGGAGGCACAGAAGACUAAAUUCAAGAGUAUUCCAGACAGUAUGUGGUACACCAUUAUUACUAUGAUGACAGUGGGGUAAGUUCUCUUCAUUAUUACUUGCCAGUGAAAGGUGUAAAUUUUAAAUCCUUUUCUCUCAUCAAAAAAGUGGCCUCGAUUUCUAAAGAGUCAACUUUGACCAUACUCUCGGACGAACUCUGGGAGGCUCAGACGAUAACUUCGAUAGUUACUCAUCCCCGAGGGAAAGCGAACUAAUUUUCUGCUCUAUUCCUAUCAAAAGGAUCUAAAUGAAUGUUGCAGUACUUCUUCCAUGAUUCGAAGUAAAAAUAAUAUUCCCACUUGUUGCAAUCCAAACCAUUAUACUGCUUCAUCCUACAAAUUACUGCUCGUAAUAACCUUAUAUUACGUAUAUGCGUUUGACGCACUGAAUUCUAAGAAAAUCUCACAUGACCGAAAACCGCUUUUUGGUGUGUAAAUUGAAAUAGUGAAAGAGGAUGCUUUGAUAAAAACGACCCUACUUUCAAAUGCCCUAGUUUGAGCCAAAAAUAUGGCUGACGUGACGUGACGUCCCGUAAAAACAGUCUAUAGUUGGAAAUUUAAUUCCAGACCAAUUACAAUAUCAUUUUCUUAGCUGAUUUCAAAAUUGUGAGUUCGAUGUUAGGAAGCUACUUCCGAGAUACCCGAAGCCUCUGGUCUAAAAGGAGGAUUGGUACAAAGACUUUGUGAUAGGCACUAUUUUUUUGUAUUCUUGAAAUCAAACACGGCUCCCGUAGCUGCGUCUCGCACUUCUCAUUUUGAAACCGAGCGUUUUAAGAACACAAAAGUGGCUUGUUAAAUAAGACAACUGAAAAAUGUUAUUCUGCUUUUCAGGUAUGGUGACAUGAUUCCUAUCACUGAUCUGGGAAAAAUUUUGGGUUCGUUAUGCUGCCUGUCAGGUAUCAUCAUGUUGGCUCUUCCAAUACCCAUUAUACAGGAAGGAAGCGCAGAAGUCAGAGAAAAAGAACAACAACAACAAAGCGGCAACAACAAUAGCAAGAAUGACAGUAAUCUGCUACAAGCAACAGUCUAGCAGUGUUAUGAGGACAAUCAUAAAGCUUUAUGGGACAUCGUAGUCACUUGUGUCUGGUCUUGUGUCAAAUGUAUCGUAACAUUAUUGAAGAGGCCAAAAUAUUACCGAAGAACAGUUCAAAAGCGAUUAUAGCUAAGGAUCCUUGUUUUUCAGUGUAUACCACUAAGUGAUAGCUGACUGAUUUUAGCUAUGGGUCCCUGUUUUUGAUUUUAGCCAAGGAUACCUGUUUUUUAGUGUAUACCACUAUAUGAUAACUGACUGAGUUUAGCAAAGGAUACUUGUUUUCAGUGCCUACCACUAAAUGAUAGCUAACUGAUUUUAGCUAAGGAUACCUAUUUUCAGUGUAUACAACUACAUCAUAACUGACUGAUUUUAGCCAAGGAUACCUGUUUUUUGGUGUAUACCACUAAAUGAUAGCUGACUGAUUUUAGCUAAGGAUACCUGUUUUCAGUGUAUACAACUACAUGAUAACUGACUGAUUUUAGUUAAGGAUACCUAUUUUCAGUGUAUACAACUACAUCAUAACUGACUGAUUUUAGUUAAGGAUCCCUGUUUUUUUGUGUAUACCACUACAUAAUAGCUAAUCGAUUUUAGCCAAGAAUAACCGUUUUCCAGUGUAUACCACUAGCUGACCACCGAUGGAUUCUGUAAAACAAGGUUACAUUGUUACAAUUUCUCCAUGUUGACUUGAAGGCAUCGCAGGACACUUUGCCUUUGAUUCCCUUAAAAUGGGUUUUAAUGUACACGGUGCUAAAUAAUCUAGUUUUCUAGUAAAAAGAAAAACGGACAACUAAUUUAGUUUGUAUGAGUUAUGGAAUGCAGGGGCAUAUUGGUAAAGUUUAAUACUUACGUUAUUCGUAACCAGCUUAAAUCAGUUAAAUAUACUGUUGAAACUUUGGUGAAAAAGAAAAAUAUUGCUCGCGUUCUUUCCUUCAGAUCAUCUUCCUGCUAUUAUACAAAAUAAGAAGGUCUCAGUGGGGUUAACCGCUAGCCGUAAAACGAUCCAAAAUUUUAGCCAUUAGACGCAAAAAAAGUUAACCGUAAAAAUGCUUCCUCUGCGUCAUUUUAUGUCAUUUUGGGUUAACAGUCUCCGUAAAGUGGCCAAAAUUUAACCAUUAGCUACCACCUCACUAAGAUCCUUAAAUGCGUGUUUCACCGAAAAAGAAAGUUUUAAUAAAACACACAGCCGGGACUUGUAUUUAUUGAGGGAAAAAACACGUCUGUUCUCGCGCAAUGAAGUCAC